AAAAUGGUGGCCAGCGCUCGAGUGCAGAAGCUGCUCCGCCGAUACAAACUAGCGAUCGCCGCCGCGCUGACUAUCCUGCUGAUCCAGGGGCUGGUGGUGUGGAGCCUGAGGAGUCUGGAGGAGGGCGAGUCCGAGAGGAAGACACGACGGUCUAAACUGCCCGACCAUAACAGCCAAAACCCCAAGGGAGACGCCGCCCAUUGGGACAUAAAUACAUCUUUGUCUGGGAGGAACCGCGUGCACCGCGGAGGAAAGACCAGCAGCAGGUUGAAAGCUCCCCAUGACGUGGGAAAGUCCAAGGCGGCCGUGGACCUGGUCCCUCAUGACUUGUCCAGCAGCCGUAACUUCAGCGAGAGCCACGGCGGCACGGACGGCCCGGUGAAGCUGCCGGCCACCGGCGUGCCGGGGGAGCCGGGCAGCGUGGACCACCAAGCCCCCGGCAGCGACUUCCUGCCCAAGUGUGAGGUCACGGGCAAGGACGCCCUGUCCGCCCUCCAUCGCGCCAGGUCCCAGCAGUGCCAGCAGGAGAUCACCAACAUCGUGUGUCAGCAUCAGGCCGGGCAGCUCAUGCCAGACGCUCUGCCACAGUUCUGCCCGCAGCUCGGAGUCUCAAACUCGGUCCAGGCCGUGGGCGAGCUGGAUAACAGCCUGUCCAAAGUGAAGAACCCUGUCCGGGUGGCUUUUGUGCUGAUGGUCCACGGCCGCGCUGUGCGGCAGCUGAAGCGCCUCAUCAAAGCCAUUUACCACCGGGAUCACUACUACUACAUCCACGUAGACAAGCGGUCCGGUUACAUGCACCGGGAGGUGCUGCAGAUAACCCAGCAGUUCCCCAACAUACGAGCCACGCCCUGGCGCAUGGUCACCAUCUGGGGCGGCGCCAGCCUGCUGAAGGCCUACCUGCGCAGCAUGCAGGACCUGCUCUCCAUGCAGGAGUGGAAGUGGGAUUUCUUCAUCAACCUCAGCGCCACCGACUUCCCCACCAGGACCAACGAUGAACUGGUGGCGUUCCUGUCUCAGAACAGAGACAAGAACUUCCUCAAGUCUCAUGGGCGAGAGAAUUCGCGGUUCAUUAAGAAGCAGGGCCUCGACCGCCUCUUCCACGAGUGUGACCAUCACAUGUGGCGCCUCGGCGAGCGCAGCAUUCCAGACGGCCUGGAGGUCUCGGGUGGCUCCGACUGGUUCGCGCUCACCCACCGCUUCGUGGAGUACGUCAUCACUUCCCAGGACGACCUGGUGUCAGGGCUCAAGCAGUUCUAUUCCUACGCCCUGCUCCCUGCUGAGUCGUUCUUCCACACGGUGUUGGGAAAUAGCCACAUGUGUGACACGCUGGUGGACAAUAACCUCCGCGUGACCAACUGGAACCGUAAGCUGGGCUGUAAAUGCCAGUACAAGCACAUUGUGGACUGGUGUGGCUGCUCACCCAAUGAUUUCAAACCACAGGACCUCAUCCGGAUACAGCAACUCACCCGUCCGACGUUCUUUGCCCGUAAAUUUGAGUCGACGGUGAACCAGGAGGCCAUAGACAUCCUGGACAGUCACCUGUAUGGCCAGUACGCCCCGGGCACCGUGGCCAUCAAGGCGUACUGGGAGAGUGUGUUUGAGCAUGUGGACGGAGCGGUCUCACUCAGCGACGUGGCUCUAACUGCCUACAGCUCGUUUUUCCGCCUGGGCCUGAGGAGUCUGGCCACGACCCAGAGCGACGUGGAGGCCUGCAGGUUUGAACCAGUGGGCAGUCCUCUGUCAGUGAGCCUGUACUUUUAUGAUGACCAUUUCCAAGGCUACUUGGUGCGUCAGGAAGCUCAGGGUGUGGCAUCCAACGCCAGGGAGACAAUAGAGAUGUGGGCUGUGCCUCAGAGCAGCCUGGUCCUUGAGACAAACCUGAAGGAGUUUGAAAGACUCAAGAAUGUGGAAGUGGGCACAGAGUGGGAUCCUAAGGAAAGAAUCUUCCGUAACUUUGGUGGCGUGAUCGGACCUUUGGACGAACCCCUGGCCGUCCAGAAAUGGGCUCACGGUCCCAACCUCACGGCCACAGUCGUGUGGAUCGACCCGGCUUUGGUGGUGGCUGCGUCCUAUGACAUCGCGGUGGAUGUGGAUGCGGAGUACACCCAGUACAAACCGCCCCUGCAGCGCCCCCUACGGCCCGGCACGUGGACGGUGCGGGUCCUAAAGCAGUGGGAGCGCGUGGCCGAGGUCCGCUUCCUUGUGAUGCCGCUGACGUUCAAAGACAAGCAGCCACUCCGCAAAGAUGAGGCCACUUCCAUCCACGCUGGACCUCCAGGGAACCUGUACCUUGAGCAGAGCUUCCAGCAGCUGAGUGGCAUCCUGAAGCUCCCUCCCCAGGACGCUGCCAUGCAGGAGGCCCAGCGGAACGCCCAGCUCGUGGGCCCGGCCCUCGAAGCGUGGGUGGACAACAGCGUACGGACCUUCUGGGUUAUGAGCAUCCUGUGCGCCGCACAGACUUCCUCCUGCCCUGCGCUGGGGCCUUGCUCCGAAUCCUCCUGGAGCUCACUGUCCCCGGACCCCAAGUCUGAACUGGGCCCAAUCAAAAGCGAUGGGAGGAUCAGGUAGCCCCAGGACGAGGAAGGACUAGACGUCAAAUCAUAUGCAGGACGGCUGAGACACAGACUGCACUGGAGGCACCGGCAGCCAGCGGCAUCUCAGCUUAAAGCAGCUUAAAGGCACAUAAAGUGAAAAGCAUCUUCCUGCACCGAGGAGACCAGACGUUCUCAACAAAGUCGUGGGAACAGGACACGACUGCUGGCUUUGCACAUAAAGCGCUGCGAGCACAGAAGCUGGUGCUGUUGCGUGCUGAAUGGUUUGUUAUGGAUGGAACACAGGUGCGUCUGCCAAGGUCACAGCUUGUUUUCAGUUUUCUCUGCUUCGGAUGAAUCGGGAAGCAGUCGUCAGAAACCAACAGCAGGCUCCUCCCUGUGUUCUGUCUUCAUUUCAUUGGAGAGUGGGACCUCUGAGUCAUAUUAUGCUUAUUUUAAAGCAUUACUAGGUGAGCGAGAGGAGCAGACGGAUGAAGUGCACUUUACUGUACGACUGGGAGUUACACACAGGUCACUCAGUGACAGGCUGAGGUUCAAAGUCACAACAUUUGAGUUCCGAUUACAAACUGCUUCAUGUUGCACAUCAGGAAACAAGUGGACUGUAACCUGGUGGAACGAGGAACCAGUGUAACGCCGUCCUCUCUUUCUGUGACCGUGACAUAUCAUCUCUAAUAAUAUUUUCUGUGUGUUUUGUCUGUCACGUCCCUAAUGGCGCUGUUAGAAGCCACUGAUUUGGGAGGAAGUGCCUAGAAAGCGCAGCGACAGCCAGGCUGCCAAGCGUUUGGAGAAGCCCAUCAAACAAUGUCACCUCACAGCAGAAACGGAUGUGUGCUAACGUUAAGACGGUGGAGGAAGUGGGCCGCUGGCAAGUUGGUGCUGCAACCAGUAGCCAGGUAGUCGGUUAGCAAACCAGCAACAAGACAAUAAGGCCGCAAAACAGUUGAGGAAAGAGGAACUUAAAGUAGAAAACGUUCGACUCUGGGAAUCGUGCUUCGUCUUUGGUUCAAAUUAGCUUGUCCACCUUCUGUAGCUAAAGGUGAUGCUACGUCAGGAUCAUCUGUCUGCUAGUCUGACUUCCACAGUAACAGUCGUGGUUUCGUGGCCAGGCUGUUUUCUUUAUACCUCAUUCAGGACGAGUGCGUUUCCCAGAGUCCAGCUUUUCCUCUACAUCUGAACCCGUGCACCACUUUAAAUGCAGUACCGCCUCCUGUGCGUUUGUGUUGUUUCCCCUCGCAGGCUUGACAUUUUUAAUGGUGUGUUGUUAAGCGGUACGCUCACUGUGUGUUCUACCUUCUUAUUUGUGUCCAGACGAGACGUGAGCUGCCUUUUGUUCGUCGGCAGCGAUGGACUGUUUACUAUUAGCUGCCACACGUGUGCAAUCGUUGCCUUUUCAGAGGACAGAGGAACCAUAGUUGCAUUCUGACCUAGUUUCACGUCACAUUUUCUGUCCUUAGAAAACAGUCGGCCACCGUACGGGUUCCGAGUGGCCUUGUUUAACUUGCACAGUACAGCUGCUUCAGUGAAGCCCCAGUUUUAUUGAGGUACAGUGAGAGCAGAGGAGUUGGCGUCAUAGAGGUUAUUUUUCUACACUGUUUUAGGGAAGUGCUCUGUUGAACUAUUCACAACUGCUGUUACGUCGUAUUUGACAGUCCACCUGUUCAGUGUCACUUAGAGCAAGCGUUUUAGUUCUUUUACCGGAGGGUGGGGUGCUGAGGUUUCCGUCCAGCGGCGCUCCAGCUGGUGAGUCAUCCUGGGCUCAGAGCGGGAACUUUAGCCUCAUAGGAGAAGCAUCCAGGCUGAUGACUCAAUAAAACACUUCAAACUUUAA